CUCUCAUUUCGGUAAUCCCUCUUUCUCAUCAACUUCACCUUCAUAGUUGCCACCAAUUUUCCGGCAUGCCUCCAACUUUCCGUCGCCGGCGUCGCCGUUGAUAUACAUCUUUUCCGGUAUGAACCGUUCUAUGAAACUCUCUUUCUUCAUUUAGAAAUGCUAGAUCUAUUCACUGUUUCACACGUUCGAUCCAAAACUUGGUUUCACAAGAGGAAAAAAAUUAACCUCAUUUCAUCAUUUUCUUAAUUUUCAUCUUCCCAAUUUGUGUUAUUGGUUUUUGUGAUUUUAGAAUUUUGUAUAGCCUGAAAAAUCUGCUUUUUUUUUUAGAAUAAAAUUUCUUUGAUUUUCCAAUUUUCUUUGCUGGGUUUGCAAAGAUUUUGUAUAGUUAGGGUUUGUAAUAGUGUUAAGAUUUGAAAGAAGAGAAAAAGAUUAGAUUUUUUAUUCUGGGUUUGUGAAACUGUGAAAGUGGCUAAAAUGGACAUGAGUAAUGUGGAUGAGGAAGAAUCAGAGGAAGAGAUUCAUGUUCCAGCUGAAAUUGAUUGGCAAAUGCUUGAUAAAUCGAAGUUUUUCUUCCUUGGUGCUGCUUUGUUUUCUGGUGUUUCAGCAACAUUGUAUCCUGUUGUUGUGUUGAAAACUAGGCAGCAAGUUGCUCAAUCACAAGUUUCUUGUAUUAAGACAGCGUUUUCAUUGAUUAAAGGUGAGGGGUUUAGAGCGUUGUAUCGUGGAUUUGGUACUUCGUUGAUGGGUACUAUCCCUGCUAGAGCUUUAUACAUGGCUGCACUUGAGGUUACUAAGAGUAAUGUUGGGACUGCUACUGUUGGUUUAGGUCUUGCUGAACCAACUGCUGCUGCAAUUGCGAAUGCAGUUGCUGGUUUGACUGCAGCUUUGGCAGCUCAACUUGUGUGGACCCCGGUUGAUGUUGUGAGCCAAAGGUUGAUGGUUCAAGGUGGUUGUAAUUCAAGUUAUCCUAAGGGUUCAUCUGUUAGGUAUGCUAAUGGGAUUGAUGCAUUUAGGAAAAUUAUGAGGACAGAUGGUCCUAAGGGUUUGUAUAGAGGUUUUGGGAUAUCAGUUGUGACGUAUGCGCCUUCAAAUGCAGUUUGGUGGGCUUCAUAUUCUGUUGCACAAAGGAUGGUUUGGGGUGGAGUCGGAUGUUACUUGACUAACAAGAAAGGUGGGGAGGGAAGCGAUAAUACCAAUGGGGGUAAUGUGUUGAGGCCGGAUACGAAAACUGUUAUGGCAGUUCAGGGAGUCAGUGCAGCAAUGGCGGGAGGCAUGUCUGCUUUGAUUACUAUGCCAUUGGAUACAAUCAAGACAAGGCUGCAGGUCUUGGAUGGCGAUGAGAAUGGCCGUCGUGGACCAACAGUGAUGCAGACAGUUAGAAGUUUGGUUAAGGAAGGUGGUUGGACGGCUUGUUAUAGAGGAUUGGGACCUAGAUGGGCUUCAAUGUCUGUGUCUGCAACAACAAUGAUCACAACCUAUGAGUUCCUUAAACGGCUUUCCGCAAAGAAUCAAGAGGUUUUGACAUGAUGAAUGAUAUACUUAUAACAACAACAACAAGGAACACACAGAAAGGGAAAAAGGUUUUCCCCCUCUCACGUUUGGAUUCACGGUGAGUUUGGCAAAAUUACAGUGAUUUUGCAAACACUACACUAAGGUGUUUCAAUCCAAAUUCUGCUCUCGUUUUUUUUUCCUCUUCUGGUUGGGCUAGUUAGCAGGAACGCUUGAUCAAUGUAAGUCAUUGCAGCAUGACUGCUUGAUCAAUGCAAGUCACUGCAAGUUUAUAUAUAAAUAAAAGUCCUUUUUUGAUUCUAACACAUUACAUUUCUAAUUUCCAGUUGGAAUCAUGCAUAUUCAUCAUGCUAAUUUGGAAGUUUCUUUUGAUAA